CGUACUUUGAUACGAAUGAAGUCAAAUUAUCUUUAUCAUGGUCCGAAAAGUCAACAAUCAGGGCUCAAGAAGGUAAGGCCGAAGUUUCGAAGGUUGUUACAAAUAUGCGCCACGGUUAAAUACAGAAGUAAAGCUAAGCGAAUAAUUAAAAGAACAGCAAAUGGUCAGUUAGUUAUAAC